CUUUACGGAGGUGAGCGAGCGCGAUGCGUACUCGUUGCGUGAAAAAUCUUGUGAUUUGCCUGCAGUCAACGUAUUUUUCUCAACGCAAGUACUCACCAAGUGCAGCGAUCGAAUGGUAUUAUCGAUACCAGAGCUUGUAUCUUCGUCUGAUGGCGGAAAGUCAAGUGACGGAGAAGCCAGGUUCCGACAGUAACGAGUAUUCGAGCAAGAUACAGCGUUCUGGAAAUUGCCUAAACGACGUUGUUGCGUCGGGGAAGAUGUCGGAGAAUGGAUUAGACGAGCCAUCGUUGGCAGGAAAUCACGCGAAUGUUCGCGAUACUUCCAGCUACUCUUGCUCGCGUUGUGGAAACGCUUACACGAGGCCUCACUCCUUGAACAGGCACAUUAGAUUCGAGUGUGGUGUCGAGCCGCAAUUCGAGUGUCCCAUAUGUCACAAGAAGUCGAAACACAAGCACAACUUGCUUCUGCAUAUGAGAACUCAUCAGAAACCUUAAGUACAUUUCCAUUGAUAAUUAAGUUUGCAGAAACGUUAAAUAUCUAUAGUUUGGAUUCAACGGUGAUCUCGAAGGUUACUCGCCAUUGUAUUAAUAUUCGACUGACAAGAGUAGACUGACUUGUUGCCAUUUUUCUGUUGAAUUCCACCGAAUUAUAAUAUGUGCUCUACGUGGUAAACGUAGUAAGUACAGGACAAUAAAGUAAAGAGUAAACGAAACAAAGAUGAAAUAUAGGUAAGAUGAGUCGAAAUGAAAUCAACGAACCCUUAUUCUAUAUAUAUAUAAGAUAUAUUAAAGGAAACAAGGGAGAAGUUUGUUCGAGUAUACACGCAUGUACUUACAUACAUAGAUAACUAUGGGCAUCGAUGAAUACUCACAAUUGUACGAUAAAGAAAAUAAAUAUUUUGUAUUUACGAAAAGUUAUCAUAUCUCUGAUCGAUUUAUUAUCGAUCUCUUGUUACAUGUGUCUUAUUGCGUCAUUAAUGUUCGUAUCAUGAAAAUGAAUAGCAGACCGUGAAGAUCUCAUCGUUCUAAAUCUUCAUUUAAUAAAUGUUAACACCGUUGAGAUACCGUGUAUAAUAGUUAGACAAACGGAUGUAUUCCACGAUGAAAUUGCUCUUCCAUAGAAAUGUUGAUAGUUGCAUGCGAGAACUGUUCUUUGCGAUUGAUCGAGAAUAUUGUUUAUAACGAACGUUCAGGUAAUUGUGCGCGAGUGUGCAAUCAUCUUCACACGAUUAUCUAAAUUUCGUUGCGAUCGAGAGAAAAGGAACACGUUUAUUUUGCCACAGCAUGGCUCGAUGUAAGGCCCUCGAAUUCGUUGUAUUCUUUCCCGACAUUAAUAUUAUUUUGCCGUAAAACGCUUGUUUCUCUACUUCCGCCACGUCUUGCCAAUCGUUGUACCAAAUGCGUGACAAACGUUUCAUCGUGUGCUUAACAAAA